CGGCCGCGUCCUCCUCCUCGGCUCCGGGCAGCGUCGCCGGGGAGAGAUGACUUCAAGGCACCAGGCGGACUGGAUCCCUUACAGUGUUCUGGAUGAUGAGGGGAGCAGCCUGCGUCAGCAGAAGCUUGACAGGCAGCGAGCACUGCUAGAACAGAAGCAGAAAAAAAAGCGCCAGGAGCCAUUAAUGGUUCAGUCCAAUGUGGACAGUCGCACAAGAACACGCAGAAUGAAACAUUCGGAAGAACAAGCACCAUUGGUUGAAUCGUAUCUUAACAGCAACAGCAGCACCAUAUAUCAUGGGAUUGAUGGCCCAGCUGCUUUUCAAGAUGAUGUUCAGAAGAUAGGAAGUCAAGUGCAGAUUCUCACUGUUGGACAGUCUAGCCAUGAUGAAGAUGAUGGAGAGAAGAUGGCUAGUGGCCAACAACAGCAAAGCAAACAAGAUCUUAGAACAGCAAUGCAGAAAAAAGAUCCCCAUGCAAAUACAUCCUGGUCCUCUUCCACCUCCCAAUCCAGUCUUGUCGCCCUGGAUCAUGUUCCUGGCAUUUCAAGCAGCAUGAAUUUUGAUGAGGAAGAAGAUGAGGAAGAUGAAGACAGCUCCAGUUCUUCACAGUUAAACAGUAACACCCGGCCUGGUUCUGCCACGAGCAAGAAAUCUAAUAAGGAAGCGGCCUCAGCCCCCAGUCCUUCCACAAAUGAGCCUCUCAUAGAUGUCGAUGACCUGGAGGAAUUUGCCGUAAGACCUGCUCCACAGGGUGUCACUGUCAAAUGCAGAAUCACAAGAGACAAGAAGGGAAUGGACCGAGGGAUGUACCCUACUUAUUACCUCCACUUGGAAAGGGAGCAUGGUAAAAAGGUGUUUCUGUUAGCUGGACGGAAACGAAAGAAGAGUAAAACCUCUAAUUACCUCAUCUCCAUAGACCCAACUGACCUGUCUCGGGGUGGAGAGAGUUUUAUUGGAAAACUGAGAUCAAAUCUUAUGGGAACUAAGUUUACAGUUUAUGACAAUGGAGUAAAUCCAAUGAAAACAACAUCAAGCCUGGAGGCGAGUAUCCUGCGUCAGGAGCUAGCUGCUAUUUGUUAUGAAACAAAUGUCUUGGGGUUUAAAGGACCUCGUAAAAUGAGUGUGAUCAUACCAGGAAUGAAUAUGGACCAUGAAAGAGUUUCCAUCAGACCACGAAAUGAACAUGAGACGCUUCUUGCAAGAUGGCAGAACAAAAAUACAGAGAGUGUCAUUGAGCUGCAUAACAAAACGCCAGUCUGGAAUGAUGACACCCAGUCCUAUGUUUUAAAUUUCCAUGGUCGAGUCACACAGGCCUCAGUGAAAAACUUCCAAAUUAUUCAUGAUAAUGAUCCUGACUAUAUAGUGAUGCAGUUUGGCCGCGUAGCUGAGGAUGUGUUCACCAUGGACUACAACUACCCAAUGUGCGCACUACAAGCCUUUGCUAUUGCCCUUUCAAGUUUUGACAGCAAGCUGGCUUGUGAGUAAAGGGGCAUGGGUGAGCAUCCUCUCAAAGGAAGCAGUUUGCCAUAUUCCUGCUGGUGUCACUUACGGUCCAUACUAAACAGGUCAGGGAAAAUGCAGUUGUGGAGGACCACUCUUGCUGAAGAGAAAGUAAACGGAAUCUUCUAAAAAUUCAGGACAUUCAGGAAAUAAUAUUUUCCUUUUUUUUCUGUCAUAUUUUUCUGGAAGUGGCAUCAGGUUUGUGUAAAUAGAAGUUCUAUCUCAUGUCCUUGAUUAUGUUAUGGAGAUGUGCCAUGAUAUACUGUACCGUGGCUCUAGUAGCACCAUUAUAACGGUGUCUUUUUUAAAUCCAGAAAGGGCGUGCACACUCGAAAAAUUUCUUUUUACAUUUAAGAAUUAUUCCGAGGCUGCAAUCAUACCUCAAGGUUGCAUUCCUACAUCGACUAAUCAGAGCUUCACAUCAUCCAACGUAAAAGAAAGAUGACAAAGAAGAUGCACUUUUUUGAAUGUGCAAGGAUCUUGUGUAGUAUAAAGCCAAGUCUGAAGGCUGAAAACCUAUACUGGACUGAACUUGAUGCAUUGCUAUUGUAUAUGUAGUAGGGCAUGAUGAAUUUUAAUUGCAGUAGGAGGAAAUGGAGAAGUAGAAAGCACAAAACAAUGUUGCACAAGUCACUUGCAUUCUAAGCUGUCAUUAUGUUUUAACAUCUACAUGCUUUUUUAUUUGUUUCAAAUGAAAAUGUAUUUGGAGUACAGAAAAGGAAAAGGAAAACAUCUAGAUGCCAAGAAAGCAUAACUUAUGUUGAAUUUGGCAUGUCGCGUGUUGGGAAUUUAUAUCCUUGUAUUGCUGUGGUAAUUCAAACACAUAUUUUGUAUGAAGUGAUAUAAACAGUUGGAUAAAGGCUCUCUGCAGAGAAUCUUAUUAUUUUGAACAGACUGUGUAAAGCUGAGGAAGGUAAAUGGAAAUAUUUUAUUAAAUUUGUCUGGCCUUUUGCGAUUUUACAAUUUGUUGAUUGCAUUUUUUGAACUUUCAGCAACAACCACUGUUCAGAUUUAUUUCCCAUUGUAAGAACGCUUAAUAUCGAUUGCAACUGUGUAUGUUCUCUAAUGUAAACGUGCCAGCUACUGAGCUAAAUCCUUCUAGGCAAAUCUAGUGUAUGCUGCAUACAAAUGAGACACUGGCAGGACACAGAAUAGCUUAAAAUAGUGUGGAUUUUUUGUUUCUUCUUUUCUGAUUUAUCUGGAAUAUAUAAACAAAUACCAUUUCAAAACACAAGCAAAGAACAAGCCAUUCUCUUCUCUUCUCUUCUGAACAUCUCAAAAGCCAAGAGCUGCAACUGAAAGCACACUGUAAAACACCUUUAA